AUGAAACAGCUUACAAAGAUAGCAGACUUUUCUUGCGUCUACCACACGCCCUCCUUUUCCAAGCCUCCCGAACCCGGUAUAAAAACAGAGUCAAGAGUACCGGAGACGGAACCAGACCCGGUAACUAACAAAACUCAGCAUCCAGUCCACGCAUGUCAUUCACGCCUGGUUCGCGUCCGAAGGACAAACUUUUCACACAGACAAGUGGCGGCUCGGAUCCCGUCUGAGUGGCAGUGCCAUAGAGGCCACAUUAGGAAGGAGACAUUGCAGACUGGCUCUCUGUCCAGUAAGGGCCAGUUUAUCACGUCAAUGUGUAGACUUCCGAGCCACGGAGUGCAGCACACCGUGAUAUUUUCAAAGCACGUCAGACUGUUCAUAGUGAGGAAUGUGCGCUGAGUGGUGUGUGGACACAAUUCCCAGCGUGGACCUCACUCUCUCCUCACCCUCUCCCGGGCAUCCAUUCACCGUCAGAGCUGAUUGGUCGUCGGACGUGGGGAUUGGGCGCAGUUGGGGACAAAGCUAAAACAGCCCGUCUGCGCCUGCCACACACGAUCUAGCCCUCCGAUCGACACACCAGGUUUUCGCACAUAGCGGGUGGACAGAUCGCGCGUGCGAUAUAGAGCUGGGUAGUCCACACGGGGAAUGAGGCGAACAUAUACGCUUCGCGCUUACGUCGGAAGUGUCUGCAAUGUCUCUGCGAGAAUUAUAUGGACGGCCUUAUGUGUGGCAUAUGAGUUUAUAGAAUAUGUAUACAUACAUCGUGAGCAAUACAGAGGAUCGUGACUAUCUGGCUGCCUUAAAAUUCGAAAAGAACCAAAUUGUGUGCGAUGGCCUUGAGAAGACGAGUUUCUUGUGUAAUUUGUUCAGAAUGUUCAUUCAAUGGUACUCUCCCUCCGGUCCUGUUCGCUGCCACGGUCCGUCGGCAACCCACUUAUAUAUAUAAUAUUAUUUACACCGCAGCUUUUUUGGCAGAGUUAAAUAUGCGUGAGACGUGCAAGUCUCAUAAUCAGAAACUUUUUUAAAGCCUAAAUAUACACCUUUUUCUGAUAUAAAAUGUAAAGGCAAUGUUAUUUUCUGGCAUAUUGUUGUUUGAUAAACAACUUUACAACACCACCUAGGUAAUCCUUCCUAAUCAAAAAUACAUUUCAGAAUUUCGGCCAACAUUUCAUGAGAUCGGUCACGCACUGACUAUCGGGACGUCGGGGGUGUUCUCACUGGUAGUGGGGACGGGAGAAGUGGUGGUCGCCCUCGCCGACGUUCACCGAAGGCUAGAGAUGAUGGUGGUGGUGGUGGUGGUGGUGGUGAUGGUGGUGGUGGUGGUGGUGGUGGUGGUGGUGGUGGUGGUGGUCGUCGUCGUCGUCGUCGUCGUCGUCGUCGGGACAUCAGGAAUGUGGUCGCCGACGUGGACGCUAUGUGAGUGUUUGCAGAUGUGGGCAUCGAGGCGUUUGCGGUGACAUCGAGUGGAGCUGUCAGGAUGUUGCUAAAUUGGGUCUGCAGAUGUCCGACGAGGCCGAUUCGCGUGCGGAAUGUUCGUUGACAGAGUGGACAUGUUGGCUGAGGUUUUGCGUUGACGUUGUGGGUCGGAGGCGCUUCUGACUUUCGAGCUACACUUUUGGUUUUUGUUUUCUUAUUCUUCUUCUCCAAACUUCACUGCUCCUCUCCAAGCUGUCGGUUUUAGGCAAGGUUCUUCCAAAUCUUUAGGUUGACUUGAAUUCGAUUGUAAGAGGUUUCCAGGGCGUCUUUGUAGCGUCGUUGUUGUCCUCCUUGCCGGACACAUUUGGUGAACACUCGUCAUCUAUCCUCUCAGUGUGGCCACUCCAUCGCAGUUGCAGCUGCCUCAGCAUGACCUGUUUGCUGAGGACUCCGGUUCGCUCGGGAGCUUACGUGUUCGGCGUCCUAAGUUGCCAACUCAGAUUAAUUAUUACCUAAGGAAAGUUUUCUGUUUUGUUUUGCGUAGACGGCCUAGGUUUUUGCUCCGUUCAAAAGCGUAUCAGUGGGACAGCUUUAUAAAUCUAGACUAUUCUUUUUGAGAUGGGCAUUUUGCCGAGUCCAGAUGAAGGCAUACAACCGACCUAAAACUCAGCUAGCUUCGGAGAUCCAAUAGGCGACUUCGUCGAGAAUUUUGACGUUCCGUCAGAGUCUACUGCCUAAAUAGGCAAAUUUGUUCACUGCUUGGAGUUUGUUGCCCUUGACAGUGAUGUGGUUGACGCUGCAUGCUGUGCUCGGCAACCGUCAGUGCAUAACUAACGCUUUUUUCCGUGUUGGUGGUUAAGCCAAAGUGUGCACAACCGACUGCGAAUAGUUCCAUGCUCCGCUGCAUAUCCGCUUCCUUCGUGAUUUUGGGCACGCAGUCGUCCGAGAAGAGCAGCUCAUGGACAGUAGUUGUGGGAGAUGAGUCAGGGACUGAAUGCAUUGGGUAUUGAAAUGUCUGUCAGUCCUGCGGGCAAUCAGGAUUCUAGGGUGCUUAUUACGGCAAGCGUUCACCAGCAUAACUGAUGGCGUGCAACUGAAGAGGGUGGGAGCGCAUACGCUCUUCACUCUAUUAGUCACUGUGAACGCUUCCGAGGCCGUCCGUGAGGUACACCGGCAUCCCAUCUUUGGGUUGACUAAAUAUGUGUGCGAAUAGCUUAAAACAGUCGAAUUUCUGCAUGGUUUUCCAGAACCAAUCACAAUUCACUGGGUCGAAGUCAUUCACUGGGUCCACAAAGGCAGUAUAGAGGUUGGUGUGCAUCUCCUGACACUUAUCUUACAUUCGGCUGGCGACGAGGAUCAUAUCGGUUGUUUCGCUACUUUGUCAGAAGCCACAUUGGACUUCUUGGGAGAAAUCUGUGUUUCAGAUGUUCUUUGUGACUAUUGAAAAUGAUACGAGCGAAGAUCAUUCCGCAAUGUUGAGCAGCGGGAUUGUCACAGAGUUCCGAUUCACUUUCCGCUUGUAGAAGGGACAUUCGCUGCGUUCUUUACACCCUGGAACGCUUUUCCUUACCGCCACACCACUUGGAACACCUAAUCAAAUUUGUCCACAAAGCAGCUGCCGCCGUGCCUUUAGAGUUCGGCUGGCACUACAGCGGACCCCUGUGCUUUCCUGUUGGAGAACAGUUGCACGGCUCUCAUUGUUUCUAG